AUAGUCAUAAUAACAACAUACAUAGUUCUAACUUAGAGAGCUACUUGUUCAUAUGUCUACAGAUCAAAUGGCUCUUGUUAUACAAGUUAGAGCUUCUUCGCUUUCAAGCUCAAUUCAUCAUCCUCGACACAAUUCCAUGCAUCCACCAUGGAACUUGUCGCUACAAACAUCUAAAGGCCAAGGGACCAUUAUGCUUAGUAAAAAAUUAUCCAUCAAUUCCGUUCUUCUUCGUGAGAAGGUGGAGUGUCUUGAAAGUAAUGAUAGGAAGAAAAGCUUGGAGCAGGUGAAGAAAGAAGGGCAAGAAGCAUUGCUAAAAAAGUCAAGUGAUCCGGUGGGAACAAUGAAAAUAAUUGAUAGCAUUCAAGAGCUGGGAAUUGGGCACCAUUUUGAAGAAGAGAUUAAUGCACUUCUUGGAAAGAUAUGCCACUGGGAUGCCUCACAAGACCUAUUUGCCACAUCCCUUCAAUUUCGCCUCCUCAGGCACAAUGGCUGGACCACGUUUCCUGAGAAUUUCAACAAGUUUUUGGACAAGAGUGGAAAUUUCAAGGAAUCACUGAGCAGAGACAUAGGUGGCGUGCUAAGUUUGUACGAGGCAUCAUUUCUAGGUGCUGAAGGUGAAGGAGUGUUACAACAAGCCAUGGACUUCUCAAGAGGCCAUCUUCACCAAUCAAUCCCUCACAUGGCUCCUGAAUUAGGAAGACAAGUUAGCAGAGCCUUAAGGCUUCCAAGGCACCUUCAAAUGGAGAGGUUAGAAGCCAAGAAUUACAUGGACCAAUACAGCCGUACAACAACCAAAAUACCAGCUCUUUUGGAAUUGGCCAAGUUGGAUUAUGACAUGCUUCAAUCAUUGUACAAAAGAGAAUUAGGAGAAAUCACCAGGUGGUGGAAGGAAUUAGGACUAAUUGAGAGCCUUGGUUUUGCUAGAGAUAGACCGUCAGAGUGCUUUCUAUGGACAGUGGGGAUUUUCCCAGAACCACGUUAUUCCAACUGCCGUAUUGAACUUACUAAAACAGUAUGCAUUUUGCUUGUUAUGGAUGAUAUCUUCGAUACUUAUGGCUCUUUCGAUGAUCUUGUUCUUUUCGUCAAGGCAAUCAAAAGAUGGGAUCUUGAUGCAAUGGAGCAGCUACCUGAAUACAUGAAAAUAUGCUACAUGGCAUUAUAUAACACAACUCACGAAAUUGCAUACAAAAUUCAGAAAGAGCGUGGACUAACCGCUGUUGCCUACUUGAAAAAAACGUGGAUAGACAUAUUUGAAGCAUUUCUUGAGGAAGCCAAAUGGUUCAACCAGGGUUACGUGCCAUCUUUUAGGGAAUAUCUGGACAACGGGGUGAUUUCCGCAGGAUCUUACAUGGCCAUGACGCAUGCAACUUUCCUCGUUGGUGAUGGUAUCUCAAAGGAUACUCUUUCAUUGAUGAAGACAUAUCCUAGGCUCUUCUCUUGUUCUGGCGAAAUUCUUCGUUUUUGGGACGACCUAGGAACUUCAACGGAAGAACAAGAGAGAGGGGAUAAUGCUUGCAGCAUACAGUGCUACAUGAGGGAAAAUAAUGGUUGUGAUGAGAAUGAAGCAAGAAAACAUAUAAGGGGGCUCAUAGGGAAGCUGUGGUUAGAGUUGAAUGGUGUAGCCAUGAACACGACCGCUCUGCCUUCUUCAAUAGUGAAAGCUUGUUUCAACAUGGCAAGAACUGCUCAGGUCAUAUAUCAGCAUGGCGAUGACAAAAGCACAUACACAGUUGAUGACUACGUCCAAACAUUGUUCUUCACACCCUCUGCUAUCUAGCUAUGUAGUGCAUGAAUCAAGUGAUGAUUGUUCACCACUAAUUAACUAGUAUGUUAUUUUUAGGAUUCUAAUUUUUUUUAUAUAUAUUUCUUU